UGACAGAAAAAGAAAAAAAAACCCUCCUCAUCACCUUGAAUCAAACCUUUUUCAUGACACCUACCCAUGCACACUGAUUGUCAAUCCAGAUCUCAUUAUCAGAACCAGAAAUCCCCAGAUUUCUUUUCAGAAAGAAAACAUGGCAAAGCCUCAUGCAGUGUUGCUUCCUUUUCCUGCACAAGGCCAUAUCAACCCUUUCAUGCACCUCGCCAAGCUUUUGCACGCAAGAGGAUUCCACAUAACCUUCGUCAACACCGAGUUUAACCAUAGACGUCUGAUAAGGUCUAAAGGGCAGGACUUUGUUGACGGCCUGCCGGAUUUCAGGUUCGAGGCCAUACCAGAUGGGUUGCCACGAUCGGACCAUGAUGCAACCCAAGAGGUUUGGGAGCUAUGUGGGUCGGUCCAGAAGAAUUGCUUGGAUCCAUUUAGAGAACUACUGGCUAAGCUCAAUUCGGACCCUCGAGUGCCUCCGGUGAGUGGUGUGAUCGGAGAUGGUGUCAUGAGUUUUGCUAUUAAAGCAGCGCGAGAAUUGGGAGUGCCAGAAGCUCUGUUUUGGACUGCCUCUGCUGUGGGUUUCAUGUGCUAUCUUCAUUAUGGUGAAUUUGUUAGGAGGGAUGAGAAUUUCUUCAAAGAUGGAACUCUUGAUUCACCAAUUGAUUGGAUACCCGGCACGAGAAAUCUCCAACUCAAAGACAUCCCAUCAUUCAUCAGGACCACAGAUCCAAACGAUGUCGUUUUCAAUUUCUUGGCUUCAGAAACCCAAAACUGCUUAAACUCCUCUGCAAUCAUUCUCAACACCUUUGAAGAUUUGGAACAUGAAGUGCUAGAAGCCAUGAAUAGAUUGGAAAAAUCCCCAAGAACUUUCAAAAUUGGUCCACUCAUUCCCCUGCUUAACAAGUGUGUCUCUGUCCCCCAAAAUCAAUCCAAAUCAUUGGAGCUCAGUUGUAACUUGUGGAAGGAGGAUUUGGGUUGUCUUGAAUGGCUUGAUAGAAGAGAACCCAACUCAGUUGUUUAUGUGAACUAUGGCUGCCUUACAGUAAUGUCUGACCAACACUUGAAAGAAUUUGCUUGGGGAUUGGCAAACUCAAAGCACCCAUUUUUAUGGAUUAUCAGGCCUGAUAUUGUGAUGGGUGACUCUCCAAUCUUGCCCAAAGAAUUCUAUGAAGAAGUUAAAGACAGAGGAUUGCUCGUAAGCUGGUGCCCGCAAGACCAAGUUCUUCAACACCCAUCAAUUGGUACUUUCGUGACUCAUUGUGGAUGGAAUUCUGUGACAGAGAGCUUGUGUGGAGGUGGUGUGCCACUGAUAUGCUGGCCUUUCUUUGCUGAGCAGCAGACCAACUGCAAAUAUGCUUGCAGUGAAUGGGGGAUUGGUAUGGAGGUUGAUUGUGACAUAAAGCGCGACGAAUUGACGGCGAUUGUGAAGGAGAUUAUGGAAGAAGAUAAAGGGAAGAGACUGAGAGAAAAGGCUCAAGAGUGGAAGAAGAGAGCAGAAGAGGCAACUGAUGUUGGAGGGUCAUCUUAUAAUGACUUUGAUAAAUUCCUUCAAGAGGUUUUUCUUCCAAAAAAGUAAGUGAGAUGCAUUUUGUCGAACACUUAAGUGUCAUUUGGUUCGCAGAAUCCUGUUUUCUAGCAGCAAGAGUUUUCCUUUUGCUAAUGAUUCAUAUAUUUGGUUGGUGGAAUUA